AUGUCUUUGAAGCUUCCUCAGAAUCCAAAUGCGGGUCUUUUCAAACAGGGUUAUAAUUCUUAUCUGAAUGCCGAUGGCCAGAUUAACAAGUCCAUCGCGGCAAUCAAGGAGAUUCACCAAAUGUGUCUUACAUCCAUGGGGCCUUGUGGACGUAACAAGAUCAUUGUGAACCAUUUGGGAAAAAUAAUCAUCACAAAUGAUGCAGCUACCAUGCUAAGAGAAUUGGACAUUGUGCAUCCCGCUGUCAAAGUACUUGUUAUGGCCACUGAGCAGCAAAAAAUUGAUAUGGGCGACGGUACUAAUUUGGUAUUAGUUUUGGCAGGUGAACUGCUGAACGUUAGCGAAAAAUUGAUUGGAUUGGGUCUCUCGCCUAUCGAAAUUAUUCAGGGCUACAACAUGGCCAAGAACUUCACAUUGAAAGAACUAGAUACGAUGUGUGUGCAACAGAUAACCGAUAAACACAGCAAGGACGAGUUGGUCAAGAUUAUGAAGCCCGUGAUUUCGUCUAAACAGUACGGCUCUGAAGACAUUCUAAGUGAAUUGGUCGCCGAGGCGGUUUCGCACGUACUUCCCGCUAAGUCGAAUAAUUUCAACGUCGACUCGGUAAGAGUGGUAAAAAUUAUGGGGGGCUCGCUCAUCAAUUCGGAAGUCGUAAAGGGUAUGGUUUUCAAUAGAGAACCUGAAGGGCAUGUCAAAUCGUUGUCUCCAGGCAAAAAACACAAGGUGGCCAUCUUUACGUGUCCAAUUGAUGUUUCCAACACAGAGACCAAAGGUACUGUGCUACUGCAUAACGCCCAAGAAAUGCUGGAUUUCACGAAAGGCGAGGAAAAACAGCUGAACGAAAUGAUUAAAGAAAUUGCAGACGCCGGCGUCACUUGCGUUGUUGCCGGAAAUGGUAUCAACGAGUUAGCGCUACAUUACUUGAACAGAUACAACAUCUUGGUACUAAAAGUCGCAAGCAAGUUUGAACUCAGAAGGAUUUGUCGUGUGUGUGGUGCCACACCCAUGGCCAGACUGGGAGCACCAACCCCAGAGGAGAUCGGUGUUGUAGAAACCGUAAAAACAGUAGAAAUUGGAGGUGACAGAGUCACUGUUUUUAGACAAGAGCAAGACGAAGUCACUAGAACUGCAACAAUAAUUCUAAGAGGCGCUACCCAAAACAAUCUCGAGGACAUCGAAAGAGCCAUCGAUGACGGUGUUGCCGCUGUCAAGGGUCUGAUGAAGCCAGAUGGUGGCAAACUAUUGCCCGGUGCAGGUGCCACGGAAAUUGAGUUGGUAUCAAGAAUCACACAAUUUGGUGAACGUACACCUGGUCUGUUACAGUUAGCUAUCAAACAAUUUGCCGUUGCUUUUGAGGUUGUGCCCAGAACGCUCGCUGAAACAGCCGGGCUAAAUGUUAACGAAGUGCUUCCAAAUCUGUACGCUGCUCACACUAGCGCCAAUUCUAAGGAGCAAACAAGUAGCGAUGAAGGUGCUUCUAGCAACGAUGGCGCUUACUUUGGUGUUGAUAUCGAGGGCGAGAAUUCAGAAGGUGUCAAGGACGUUAGAGAGGAAGGAACAUUUGACCUGCUGGCCGUCAAGAAGUUCGCUGUCAAUGUGGCUACCGAGGCCGCGACAACAAUUCUUUCGAUAGAUCAAAUCAUCAUGGCAAAGAGAGCAGGUGGGCCACAAGUGCCUAAGGGCCCCAAACCAGGUAACUGGGAUCAAGAUGAUUAG